AAGAGGGAGUGCUCGGCGAGAGAUUGCAGGAAGGUCGAGGCGCAGCGGGGAGAGUACAAGGUCUGUGCCGGCUGUAGAGCAAGUUGGUACUGCGGUACCGAAUGCCAGGCUAUCGACUGGAAGAUUGGCCACAAGAGACGGUGCAAGGAAGAGAGGAACAUCCGGGAAUUGACCGAGAAGAUGGGUAAGGGAAUGCAGUGGGGCAAAUAAACACCAACGCCCCCCGAAAAAGAAAAAGAAAAAAGUAAUAUUGAAAUGCAUAGAUCUGGGAAUAAGGGUGAAGUAGGGUUGGCUGCUGGGGAGUUUUUCAGUUCAAUUUUUUCAUGGAUCUGCAUGAGAAUCAUCGCAUCGGUUUCUGUUUUUUCUCGGCCUGUGCCUAGUCGGAUCUUGCGAUGGUUUCACCCCCUUCUUUGCGGUGUCUGGGGGAGCCUUCAAGUUCUUUCUUAUGCGUUUCUCGUUUGUUUUUUUCUGUCGUUGUGUCCUGCUUUUCUUUCUUUCUCUUGCCUUGAAGGUUUUCUUUCUUAAAUUGUAGUUUUAGGCACAUGUAGUGGAAUCGAAGCAAAAGACUGGUUUUAGCCACGAAGCUGUGCAGACCAGACCAGCACCCAUGGCGGUGCAGACUGGUAUGUACAUAUAAACGGACUGCGGUCAGGUGCUCAUAUGUACCUCACGGGCCGACUUACCGUGCGCACUGGGGG